UGUGUCCAUCUCAAUCUGGGCCAGAUGCGGCAAAGAGAACUUGGGCCUUUAGCGAACACAAACCAAAAGACGGCCCUAAAACCCUAAUUCACAAAACCUUGAACGCCAUUCUCUCUGCUGUUUAUGCAAUUACCACUCUCAGCGUUUCGAUUUCCAGCUAGAAGCCAUGGCACGAUUUCGAAAUAAAAAGAGAACACCGUUUGUGAGGCCGAUUGCCAGGAAGCAGCCCACCGUAGACCACGUUACAGGUGAUAAAAUCCCCAAGAGCUUCGUCUUCUGUCGGGGGAAGCUUCCCGGCCCUCUCAGGCAGUUGGAAUUGGAUUUAAGAAAAUUAAUGCUUCCUUACACUGCUCUAAAGCUCAAGGAAAAAAAGCGUAACAAUAUCAAAGAUUUCUUGAAUGUUGCGGGGCCAAUGGGUGUCACGCAUUUCCUCAUCUUAUCAAAAACCGAGACCUCACCCUACCUGAGGGUGGCUAGAACGCCACAGGGCCCAACUCUUACUUUCAAGAUUCAUAAAUAUUCGCUGGCUACUGAUAUUGCUCGGUCUCAAUUGCGUCCAAGAAUCCCGAAAGACCUCUUCAAGAACCCCCCGUUGAUUGUGCUUUCUGGUUUUGGGACUGGAGAACAACAUCUAAAGCUUACGACUAUUAUGUUUCAGAACAUAUUUCCAGCCAUUGAUAUAAACACUGUCAAGGUUUCAUCGUGCCAAAGGAUUGUGUUGCUUAAUUACAAUAAGGAUACAAAGCUUAUUGAUUUUCGACACUACUCAAUCAGGUUACAGCCUGUGGGGGUAUCCCGGAGAAUACGGAAGUUUGUGCAGAACCAUCAGGUGCCUGAUUUAAGGAAUCUUAAGGAUGUCAGUGAUUUUGUUACAAAGGCUGGUUAUGGCUCUGAAAGUGAAAUGGAUGAUGAAGCAGCAACUGUAAGUCUGCCAAUGGAUCUUGAUAGAGUUAAUCGAGCAUCAAAUAAAAGUGCUGUGAAGCUUCAAGAAAUUGGACCGAGAAUGACCCUUCAACUCAUGAAAAUUGAGGAAGGAUUGUGUACUGGUGGAGUUAUAUUCAGUGAAUUCGGGGAUAAUUCAUCAGGCAGUAACCAGAAAACCGUUGAUGAAGAGCAAAAACAUGAAGAAAACGAUGAAGAAGAAGAAGAUGAGGAAGAACAAGAUGAUGAUGAUUAAUUUUGCUCACAUGUCCAUUUGUACCUUUAAGAUCACAUUUUAAAUGGCCACUUUCUUCUACAUUUUCCAAUGCACGUUGUUAUGUACCUUAUCUGUUUGAGCUUAUAGUGUUUUAAACCAGGUGCAAAACAAAUUUAUUGUUAUUGACUUAAUGUAACGAGGAAAAGCUCGCGAAUCAUUUUUUU